AUGCAACUGGAGGGACGGAAGGAGCGGCUUAUCAACAAUGCAUGGCGGGAACGGGCCUUUGAGCAGAUGGCCACCAUGCCCGAACCAUUUCAGUAUCUCCUCGAUUCACAUUGGUGUUGGAUCCAACCGCUCUUUGGCUUCGUUUAUCGACCUACAUUCACUCGUGAUAUGAAAGUCAACGGUCCCUAUUACACCGACGCCCUGUUGAACGCCCUCCUUUCCCACUCAGUACGAUGGUGCAAAUUGGAGCCAAAAAUCGGGCCAAUCCUGGACUCAUUCGAAGGAGGAGCGCAGUUCUUUCAUCGCGCUGUAUCAGGUCUCCAUGAUUCGCUCAAAGCUGGCUAUGUCGGCAUUCCAACAAUUCAGACCUUACUUCUCCUGAGUGCGCAGGAGUUCGGGCGAGGCAACCGAAGUCAAGCGUGGUUAUACAGUGGAAUGGCUUUCAGGAUUCUGGACGACCUUGGCAUCAACAUCGACAGUCGCAAGUACUCUGAUAGCGCUCACCUGACCGAUGAGGAUAUCGAGCUCAGGAACCGCCUCUUUUGGAGCUGUUAUUUCUGGGAUAAACUGAUCUCACUGUACUUCGGCCGUGCCCCAACCAUGCAACACUCCCGGGUCAGCCCUCCCCGGAUGAUUUUGGAUGACACGGCCGAGGUCGAGCUUUGGACGCCUCAUGGCGUCGAAUUCCCUGAUGGCACUCACUAUCCGCCCACCCAGGCUCACUCUACUUCGUGCUUCAUGAAGAUGUGCGGCCUGGCAGAAAUCCUUAACCAAAUAUUAAUCCAUAUCUAUGAUCCUCUCCGACAGGUUUCGGAAGUAGAAUAUUAUAACUGCAUCCAGGAACAAGCCGCUAAUCUGGCUGACUGGUGGGAGGAGCUUCCCGAUUAUCUGAAGCUCCUGCCCAUGGACCUUCCUCCAUAUUCCCCGCCAAGUCAUAUUGUGACUUUGAACUGUCUCUACCAUACCAUCAACAUCCUUCUCCAUCGUCCCGUCCUUUGCUCCAAAUCGAACCGCGAAUCUAACGACAAAAGUCAUCUGAUCCAAUGCAUGACGUCCGCAACUACGAUUCUAACCCUGUUCGAUCUGUACCGUCGUACUUUUGGUGACAGUCAUGUCGUUCUGUCUCUCUCCUACAGUGUAUACACUGCAGCAUCCAUUUUCUUGCUCGAAAUCCAGGCUCUGAAAUAUGCUGCUCCGGGGACCCUCGACAAGUUGAAGUACUGUAUCUAUGCAUUGGAGCGAGUAAAAGGGACAAGUCCUGUGAUCAGCACAGCCCUAAGUCUCAUCUACCAGGAGCUACAAAAGCUUCAAAUCGACAUCCAUAUUGUCCUACCAACAGCCCAAAGCCAACAGCCUCAACAACAAACUGAAACCCAGACUCAAUCACAACUUCACCAGCGACCUCGAACCCAUCAUAGCCAUUCUCCCUCCCAACAUCAGACACCACCCCCCUCGAGCAUCUCCAGUACUUCUCAACGCGUCUCCCCUGUACAGCAGCAACCACCACAAGCCGACCAUCCUAUCACCUCCAUGCACACUGCUGGCGUGACCUCCGCACCAUCAAUGUUGCCAGGCUAUAAUUACCAAACGCCCGUUGCCGACUUCGAGCUGUCGCAGACCAACAUGCCACAGGUGACUGCUACACAUCUGAUAGGCGGCAUGCCAAAUGCCAUGCUGACACUGGAUAACCCUGGUGCAUACGAGAUUACGCCUGAAGUGUUUGAAGCGUUUUCCUAUGCGGAGCCUAUUACGACGAACAUGGCACCUACAGUUGAUUAUGGGUGGGAUAGACCUACUUGA